AUGAGAAUAAUUUCAGGAGUUGAGCUGUCGGCCCCGCGAGUGAAUAUUUAUGCGAAUUACACAGGGAAAAUUUAUGGGCGGAAAUUGGCUCGAAUCCGUGAUAAUUUAAUCAAGCAGAUUUCAUCGCCAGUCAAAUGGGAACAAAUCCUACAAUUGCUCUACCGAAAACAUCAGGACUACAAAUUUCCAACAUAUAUGGAAAUAGGUCCAGGACGACAGUUGGGUGCAAUGCUUGUGCAAGUCAGUAAGAAGGCUUAUAAACAUUACGAAAAUAUUGCCCCUUAA